AUGGCUUCAUUAAGUUAUAAUCAACAACAGCAGUAGGUAUAAUAGCAGUAGCCUGAAAGUACAUCAAGCCACCUGAUCAAAAUCAUGCAAUAAAACUAUCAAGAAAACGAAAAGUUUUUCGUGAUAUUCCUGACCUUUCUGUCUGUAACAGCUUAUUAUCCAGUUAUAGUAGCACUAACCAAGCUACAUAAAAACAGAGGAUUUGACAUAAUUUUGAAUCUGAUGACAGUAAUUGCACAGAUCAUGUACAAGAUCACAUUAGUCUUCUAGUAUAAUGAGAUAUUUAUCAGUGAGUAAGGAUGGUAUAAAAUGCUCAACAUAUCAAUGCUUCUCUAAUUUUGUUCACUUAUGAUUUAUUUGGCAAGGAUACCCAAGGAGUUAAGAGGUUACUUGAUGGGUGUUGGCACUAUAGUUAUAUUGCUGGCUUAGGAAAAGGACUCUUAAUCUUUCAAAUAUGCUCUGAUACCCUUGAUCUUCAACAACUUUUUCAUGAUUUCAUCUUAGUGCUUCUUACAGGGACCUGUAUAUGUAAAUACUAGAAUGGUUGUAUUUGGAGCCAUUUGGUAUAUUAUCUCAAUCAUUGCGUUUGUUGGACAAUAUCAUAAAUUUUUGGACUUCUUCCUUUUCUUCUAAGACCUCACUAUAUUCUCAACAGGCUUAUCUUUAUUUUACUCUUGGUAAACUUACGAGAAAAACGAUAUAACUUUUGAGAAUUUUAUCUAAUUACAUGCAGAUUAAUAUAGAGAGUUAAUGGAUUAGAAAAGAAGAAGAUAAAAUGAAUCAAGACUUGAAGAAAGUGAAUUAGGAAACUUAAAACGCUUGGAAGAGAAAUCCAAUAGAAAGCAAGAGGCGAAAAAACAAUAGAAGCUCAAGUAAAUGAAAAUGGGUACAGGAGAUGAGGAAAGUGGAAUUUUACUUGAGCUAAAUCCAUCUCCAAAAAGAGACAUUGAGAAUGGAUUGAAGCAAGGCAUGCUAAAGACAGUUUGA